AAACCUGAAGGAUUCCACAGCAGACACAGGGCUGUUGAGUAUGGUGAUGGGGGGAAAAGAGGGGGGCACCUCCUGAAGUCCACUGGUCAUCUCCACAGUUUUGAGUGUGUUAAGCUCCAGGUUGUUCUGGCUGCACCAGAGAGCCAGCUGAUUAACCUCCUGUCUGUAGUCCGACUCAUCACCAUCCCGGAUGAGGCCGAUGACAGUUGUGUCGUCAGUGAACUUCAGGAGUUUUACACAUGGGUCCCUUGAAGUGCAGUCGUUUGAAGCAGGGGGGAACUUCACACAGCUCCAGUGAUUUGUUGAAGAUCUGAGUGAAGAUGGGGGACAGCUGGUCUGCGCAGAUUUUCAGGCAGGAUGGAGACACACUGUUGGGGCCAGGAGCGUUCCUGAUCUUCAAAGUGGACAUUGAGGCAAAGUGCUUUAAUGUUAAAGCCAUAAGAAUUACAGUAAAGGUAAAAGAAAAUAUUUUUGAUGUUAUUUGUAUUUCAUUAAAAUCUCUCGCUUAUGAUUCUCCAAAAUAUGCUCAUGUCAUUUUUACAGGAACAGGCUCUGUGCUUUAUUGUGAAGAAAACCCUCCAUUUCAGUUUUAAUGUUGCUAAUUCGUCUUCAGGAGCGCUCCCGUACUAUUGUUAUUCCCAAAUAAUGUUCUGCUAUCCAUUGUUUCAUAUUUAAAUGCUUUAUACUUCAAUGAUAAUUAUUGCUCAAGACUAAUUUUCUCCAAAGAUAAUUUUAUUUUCAACGUUGUACCGGAAGUCGUAGAUUUAUUUAAAUUCUCAUUCCGCGCGACUUGACAGCAGAGAAAAAAGUGACGUUGCAGGACAACAAACGGAGGAGAGGCAGCUCGGACGGAGGCAGAGCGGCAGCCUGUAUCCUGGCAUUUUGUUAAAGAUAUUUGGAACAAUGCAGUCUGCCAAGAGGAGUGAGAGUGACUGGCAGGGGUUGGUCAGCGAGUUUCUAGUGUGUAAGCGCAAGCUGGAGAGUAAGAAAGAGGCCCUGCUCAUUCUGUCCAAGGAGCUGGAUACCUGUCAGCAGGAAAGAGACCAGUACAAGCUGAUGGCCAACCAGCUGAGGGAGCGCCACCAGGGACUCAAGAAGAAGUACAGGGAACUCAUUGACGGUGACCCCUCUUUGCCACCAGAAAAACGCAAUCAGGUGAAUCUGGCUCAGUUGUUGAGAGACUCGAGAGAACGGGCGAAAAAGCUCACUGAGGAGGUGAAGGAGCUGACUCAGAGGCUUGCGGAGGCCCAGGGAGAUAACAAGCUCCUGAGAAUGACCAUUACUCGACAGAGGCUGGGGGAUGAGGAGGUGGGAGCGCGCCAUUUCCCCGCUCACGAACGGGAGGAUUUAGUACGCCAGCUGGAGAGAGCAGGGCUACAGGUUUCUUUUUUUUUUUUUCUUUCUUUCUAA